CCGCUGCGGCCGUGUCUGCGCCGCUCUGAGGGGACGCCGCGGGCCCCACAGCAAGGCACCGAGGCGGCAGGGCGGUAGUUUCAGCAGGUCUGUUUUCUGUUUACAAGCCUGAAGAUGGCUGCUGCUGCUUCUUCCUGCAAUGUGGAAGAAGAUGAGAGCCUGAAGGGAUGUGAACUCUAUGUUCAGAAGCACAACAUCCAGCAGAUUUUGAAAGAGUGCAUUGUAAACCUUUGCAUAGCAAAGCCAGACCGACCCAUGAAGUUCCUCAGAGAACACUUUGAAAAAUUAGAAAAGGAAGAAUGCAAACAAAUACUGGCUCGGCAGAAAUCCAGUUCCCAGUCUGAUUCUCAUGAUGAUGAGAUUUCCCCUCCUCCUCCCAACCCAGUGGUAAAAGCCCGACGCAGGAGAGGGGGGGUCAGUGCAGAAGUGUACACUGAGGAAGAUGCUGUUUCUUAUGUCAGAAAGGUUAUUCCAAAGGACUAUAAAACUAUGACUGCUCUGGCAAAGGCCAUCUCCAAGAACGUGCUCUUUGCUCAUCUUGAUGACAAUGAACGAAGUGACAUAUUUGAUGCCAUGUUCCCUGUCACACACAUCGCAGGAGAAACAGUCAUACAACAGGGUGAUGAAGGAGACAACUUCUAUGUGAUUGACCAAGGCGAGGUGGAUGUUUAUGUCAACGGGGAGUGGGUCACCAGCAUCGGAGAAGGAGGCAGUUUCGGGGAGCUGGCACUGAUCUAUGGAACACCCCGGGCCGCCACCGUCAAGGCCAAGACAGAUCUCAAGCUCUGGGGCAUCGAUAGAGACAGCUACAGACGCAUUUUAAUGGGCAGCACGCUGAGAAAGCGGAAGAUGUAUGAAGAAUUCCUGAGCAAGGUCUCCAUUUUGGAGUCCCUGGACAAAUGGGAGCGGCUGACAGUGGCUGAUGCACUGGAACCUGUCCAGUUUGAAGAUGGAGAAAAAAUUGUUGUGCAGGGAGAGCCCGGUGAUGACUUCUUCAUUAUUACAGAGGGCACAGCUUCUGUUCUGCAGCGCAGGUCCGACAACGAGGAGUACGUCGAAGUUGGAAGACUUGGUCCAUCAGAUUAUUUUGGUGAGAUAGCGUUACUGCUCAAUCGUCCCCGAGCUGCUACGGUGGUGGCACGCGGACCCCUGAAGUGUGUGAAGCUGGAUCGGCCCCGCUUCGAACGAGUGCUCGGUCCUUGUUCCGAAAUCCUCAAGAGAAACAUUCAGAGAUACAACAGUUUCAUUUCGCUCACCGUCUAAAUGAUUCCUCCUGGAAAGCUGCCUUUGUGUGACCUUGUGCACUUAAAUUUGCUCUGUGCAGCUCCAUAGCUUUAUGAAGAAAAAAAUAGAAGAUGUGCAUUUUAUGUGUAUUUUUUCUGUUUACGUCACGUACUGGAUGUCAGUUCAAAUCUCAUGUAUCAUCUAAGUAGGAAGACAACUGUUUGGAUAAGACUAGCUUUGGGGAAGAUUAGGCUCUUGGCUUGCAGGCAAGAUUUUUACCUAUUGUUAGAUCAUAUAGCUUAAAACUGUGUUUUUAACUAUUUGAAAUUCAUACGAAUUUCUAUUUCCCUUAUUAUCUUUGAAGUUGGUCUUAUUCACCUUUCGUCAA